AUGAAGUUUCUGGCGACCACGGCCCUGUUGGCCAGCAAUGUCGCGGCCUUCCCAUACAUGAUAGACAAGCUCGUCGCUCCUCUCGCGGACAACGCGCGCUUCCAGAAGUACAAGCGCGAGCAGGCCGAGGAGCGCGCCGUCCACGGCACCGUCGAGGGUAUCUAGGUCGAAGCCCGCGCCGCCGUCGCCUCUCCCCAGGGUGUCGGUGCCCUCCCCCUCGUCCCACCGCCAUUCGACGCUGCCACGCAGUACGUCAGCAACCAGGGCCAAUACGCCGUAUGUAUCGUCUCGUCUCCUCCGUUAUUUAUCUCGUAGCGUAGGUCAGGGCUAACAUCUUCUUCUAGUUCGUCGCUCCAACUGCGUCCGACUCCCGCGGCGAGUGCCCCGGCCUGAACGCUAUAGCCAACCACGGCUACCUCCCCCACAACGGCCACGCCUCUAUCUAG